AUGACACGCAAGUACAGUGUCGGCAAUCCAGGUGGAGGCGAGGCAUCCAGAGAGAACUGGGAGCGCUAUACCUGGUUGUCCAUAAGCAAAGAGUGCCACAAGCGCGGCUACUUCCCUGCCACCUCAGCCUAUGAUGAGAAGGGUUUACUGAGAGAGUCAUCAUGCCCUGAUCUUCACCAUGAUGUGGUCUAA